AUGAGUAGCAACCAGCCGUACGUGACCAUCAGGUCGCGACGGCCGCACGAUGGGAACAGCGUGAGCAGUGCAGACUCGACUGUAGGUGCCAGAGUCACGACGAACCAGUCGCGAAGAGUACACUCACAAGCUGGUGAUGGCCAGUACGGAUCCAGCUCCGGCGAUGCCCCCCGGACCGCCACACACGACACAAGUCGAGUGAGCUACCAUGUCAAACACCUCGACAGUUUCGUCCAGACCUUGGAGGAUUCCGCAAACCGUGCGUUCCCCAAUCGUGGUAGAUCUUCACAGCGAUAUAAGAAAGUGCAGGCUUUACUGCUUCACUGGGGCUCUGACGACCUUUUCGUCUUGCCCGAACUCGAGGACCUGGAACGGUGCCUCCGGGAGGACUACGCUUUUGAUACCGAGAUAUUCCCUAUACCUUCUGAGAACUCACAUCUGGAGCUUAUGAUGCAAGUUGGAAAGUUGAUCAAGGACCAUGAAGCACAAGACACCCUCUUUCUGGUCUACUACGGCGGCCAUGCCAGGAUCGAUGAGUCGAGACAGAGCACCUGGUGCGCAACACGGCAUCCCGACUCGCCGUGGCUGCAAUGGUCAGCAAUCCAGACCUUGUUAGAGCGUUCGGCCUCGGACGUUCUCAUCCUUCUCGACUGCUGUGCCGGAGCUGCGAGUGCCACGUUUCCCAACGGCAACAGCAUCACAGAAACCAUCUCCGCGUCGAGCUGGGAUGCCAUCGCACCGGAUCCAGGCCGCUACUCGUUCACCAACGCUCUAAUCGAGGUUUUGCAGGAAUGGAGGCUACGCGCCUUUUCUGCCGCCAUGUUGCAUGCCGAAGUCCUUGCCCGCCUGAAGCACCCCAGACCGAUUACGAUCAACGGCAAGCUCUUCGAGGCCAGAUCGACGCCUGUCCACUUCAUGAUGACAUCAAACCACAAAGCGCCGAGUAUCGAGAUGUCCCGCAUUCUGCCACCCGAAGCGCGACCUCCCUCGCCCCCGCAGGACACAGUGGCCAGCGAAAGCGAAACCCCUGAAGGAAUUCCGGGAGGGCGAGGGCCAGGGGCACCGAUAUCUGGGGAGCCCAACGAAGACACCCCGCACGUCAUGAUCUCGCUUGCUCUGGAAGAUAACCAGCAGUUGGAUCUCAACGCAUGGGAGCAAUGGUUAUCCAACUUCCCAGCCAUGGCCAAAUAUGUCAAGGUUCAGGGGGUGUUCAAGAGCCACUCGACGCUGCUCUUGUUGUCGAUGCCGGUCAUGGUUUGGGAUCUUCUGCCGGAAAAUCACGCCACCUCCUUCAUAGCUUUCAUCAGGUCGAACAACAUGAUGUUGCAGAAGGGGCAGAAGGACAAGGCGGCGAUGCAAGUCGCAGUAAGGGGCUCUCGUGCGGAACCAGACUUGACAGAGCCCGACUCUGCAUCAAUGAAUACGUUCUUCUCAGACACGACUUACACAUACGCGCCUACAGAUCAGGGCAGCGUUGCUAGCCAACGACUGGCCGACAUGCGGUCCUACUCGCUGGGCAUGGGGCAGGCUUCAAGGAGGAACACGGCCGGUGGGCAGCUUGUAUCCGCUGAACCUGUCUCGCCGUCUUCAUCACCACCGAGGGGCGCGGCAGGGCUAUUAAGAACAGGUCACUCCACGACCUCCCUCGCAACACUUCAACGCCAGCUGUCCUCGGCUUCUCAGACGUCGUCCGAGGCGGUGAUUUCACGGACCAUGAUCCCCAAUCAGCAAAGGAGCUCAAGAACCACAGUCUACCGCGACAUCGCCGAGCCACCAAAGUUCUCACAACAUGUUGAAACACUCCUCCAGCAGUACUAUCAACAAGAGCCUCUUCCAAAUGAUGACCAGAAGAACUUCGUAGCGUCAAACUUGGGCAUUGAGCUAUGGGAUGUCGAGGCCUGGUUCCAUCACCGAAGGGAAAGAGACGUCGUCUCGCAACAAUUUCAGAAUCUUAAAAUGGGCGGCUCAACACCAGGUGCAUAUGAAGGCGCCCAAAUGAUCCUGCCCCAUCAUCUCAACAGGAUCAUCGAGAUCCUCACGCCCAGCAGAAUACUCCUCAUCGAUCUUCGAUCGCCCACCGACUUCGAAAGAUCCCACAUCAACGGCGCGAUCAACCUUCGCGCCCCCUUGAAAUUCAUCCAAGACGCCCCCUUUGACAUGAUCGAACGAGCCUUCCCCGACGAGCCAAGCAGGCAAAAGUUCGGACAGUGGCAGUCGGCGGUCUGCAUGGUCGUCUACGCCCGCGCCGUCGACUCCUCAUGGGAAUGCCCCGUCGCCGACGUCCUCUAUCAGAAGUUCAAAUCCUGGGGCUGGCCGGGCCGGUGUUUCGUGCUCAAGGGUCACUACAGGGAAUUCAGCGUCUCGUACAGCGCCUCCAUCGUCGGGUCCAAGACCGCCGCCUCCUCAACGACAUCAACGCACGAGCAAGCCGGGGGCCCAGCCCGCGCGGAACCUCCGCACCGUCGAGACAACGCCCAGAAACAAACGGAAUCACGGCCGUCAGAGGACGAUGACGCUGACGCGGCGGCGCGCCUGCGGCAACAAUACGACGACCUGCUGACUCAGAUCGACAGCGAGGAGGGCAGAGUCAACCCGUCCACGCCGGACCCUACCGCCAGCCCAGAACGCGCCCAGGCCAUGGGCCAGCAUGAACGAGACCUCGAAGCCGAGUUCCGGCGUCGCGUCCCGGACCUCUACCGCAAAGCCCUGGACAGCAGCAGCACCAGCAGCAGCCGCUGCGUUUCCACCACCGCACCCGACGCGCCAGCUGCCGUUCCCGUUCCUGUUCCUGUUCCUGUCCGGUCUGAUGGAUCAGACCAGCCUGCCACGCGAAGUGACAGAGCGGGUGGCGACAGGGAACGACGCCCGUCGUUUGGUUUUGACACAAAGGCUCCCUUCGUCGAGUACCUCGACAGAGGCCUCUCCCACAUCCGGCAGGGGAAACCCUCCGACCAGGACGACAACACCUCCUCGUCCUCCACCACCGUCUCUCCUCCGUCCAACAACAACAACGCAGCCAACGUCUCGCCGGGCCUGUCGAAACUUGCCGCCGAGGGCUGCUACUUCGACUCGGGGGCGGCCGCUACCGCUAACGCUGCCACUACGCCGCCGCCGCCGCCUCUUCCUUCGGACGACUCGUACGUCAAGAUCAGCAGGGGAGAUGCGCAGCUGGCGAGCGAUCCGGGCCUCGGGGGGAAAGACGGGACGACGAAGGACGUCCAUCAACAUCAUCGUCCCUCCCACCAACAACAUCAACACAACAACAACAACCCCGUCGCCGCCGCCGCGUCCGGGGAUGAAACGCCCAGAAGGGGCCGGGGCGGUUUCCUAAAUAAGGUUCUACGGCGAGCAUGA